ACUCGGCCUUUGUGACCCAUUUAGGUAAUCGGUGGGCUUAUGUAGCCGUCUGUCCCGCUGUGACUUGGUUGUAUCCCCCUCUCUGAAAGCUGCGCCAACGUUAGUUUACAGACCCGCUGGUGUACAUCUUUAUUUCCCAAAUCAGCUGGUGUGGAGGACGCGCUGCACGCUCUACAGCAAGGAUCCUCGUGAAGUUUGAGGUCAGAGGUCAAAGAGCCAUGGGACCCAGGAGAGUGCUGGUGACUGGGUGCUCCUCUGGUAUCGGCUUGGCUGUGGCUGCACGGCUGGCUAAGGAUGAACUCAGACGGUUUGAAGUGGUUGCCACAAUGAGGGAUCUUAGGAAACGGGGGCCCUUGGAGAAAGCAGCAGGGGACUCCUUAAACAAAACCCUGGAAAUCAAAGAGUUAGAUGCCUGUUGUGAAGCCUCCAUCAGAGAGUGUGUCAACGGCCUGCCGGACAGACGGGUGGAUGUUCUUGUGAACAAUGCUGGCGUUGGCAUGAUUGGACCACUGGAGUGCCAAAGUAUUGACGCAAUGAAGAAUCUCUUUGAUACAAACUUCUUUGGCCUGGCUAGGCUAGUGAAAGAGUUGCUGCCCGACAUGAAGCGGAGGCAGAGCGGCCAUAUUGUGGUGAUGAGCAGCGUCAUGGGAAUACAGGGGCUUCUGUUCAAUGACGUCUACUCUGCCUCCAAAUUUGCUGUGGAAGGAUUUUGCGAAAGUCUGGCAGUGCAAGCAAUGAAGUUUAGCAUCAAGACGACUCUAGUGGAACCUGGCCCUGUGGUGACAGAGUUUGAAAGGAAAGUGUAUGAGGAUGCUGAGAAGAUGGAUCUUUCAGGAACAGAUGAGGAGACUGCCAAAAUCUUCCGUGAAGUUUACCUACCAUACUCUAAAAAGAUUUUCUCCUCAUUAGGCCAGACACCAGAGGAAGUGGCUGAGCAAACCAUUAAAGUGAUCACAGCCAAAGAGCCUCCUCUGCGCCACCAGACCAACCGCCUGUACAUGCCCAUGACAGCACUGAAGCAUGCAGAUCCGACUGGUCGACUGCCUCUGGACACCUUCUAUAAGAUGAUAUUUAAACACGACAGCGUGUUCAAUGCUACUCUCGGGGUGCUGCGCAUGCUGCAGAGGGGCGCAGGGAAGAAAUAAAGAUCGCACAGACUAUUAAUGUUAUUCCUGAGGGAACAGUGAUUGACUUUGGUAGCUUUAUCUUGUUGUUAGAGUUCUUUAGUAAAAUAUACAACUGUAA